AUGUCGGAAGCUUCAGGUGAAAAUCAACCAACAUCCGUUAAUGCAGGUAGUGAAUCAUCAGGUGAGAAAAAUGUUGUAAGUACAACAUCAUCGGAACAAAUGGAAGCUCAAACAGCUGGUGAUUCAGGUGAACAACAAACAUCAAAUGAUAAAACAACGACAUCUGCUGAUACAACUAAGGAAAAUAAUACAAAUUCGCAACAACAACAACCAGGUGAAAAAACAAAACCUGAUUUAUCAACAUUACCAACACGGGCUUAUCUUGAUCAAACUGUUGUACCAAUACUUCUUCAGGCAAUGUCUCAACUUGCUAAAGAACGGCCUGCUAAACCAAUUAGUUUUCUAGCGGAAUAUUUGCUUAAUCAUAAAGAAAAAUACAAUGAAUAA